AUGCCGGUGUCUGCAUUGGCUCUUCUGACGUGGAAUGAGCUUGAGAAACGCAUGUGUGGCGUUGCGGAAGUGGACGUGAAGCUAUUGCAGAUUAAUACCGAGUACGACGAAGAUUUGUCGAUGAACGACGAGUUUAUUCAGAGAUUUUGGCGCGUGCUGGAAAGUCUCGAAGCGGAGGAUAAACGAGCCUUCCUGCGGUUCGUGUGGGCCCGGUCUCGUUUGCCUUUGGGCUCAGCACAGUUCCACCAGAAAUUUAAGAUCCAAGCGCUUGCGUCUUCGGGUAAUGGAGACGUGAACGGCUCAUCGUCAGGACCCCCUGGAGGCUGGAUGGACUCGCAGAUGCCGAAGUCGCAUACGUGUUUCUUCGCACUCCAACUCCCACGAUAUUCCAGCGACGAAAUCUGCCGCGAACGACUUUUGCUGGACGGGUAUCAGUCCGACAGAUCAGCUUCGAAUUUGACCAGCCAUUUGCCAAAUAAAAGGCAGAACGUCCGGAUCGAGGCCAAAGAUAUUGGCGAGAAUAACUAG